AUGACAGCUGACCAGGAGCGCAUCCGCGGCCUCGAAGCUCAACUGGCCGCGGCCGCGGCCACAUCAUACGAAUCAUCGCCGUCUUCCGCUCCGUUCAACGCGCCUUUCGGAGUAACCGCGGCACCCUCACCUGACGCUGGUGCGUCUUACAUGGCUACCCAGCUUCAGCAGCUGCAGGCACCGGUAUCUGCUCCUCCGCAAGAGCUCCACAGCGUUUGGGAAGAGCCUCAACAAGCUCAGUCUCAGCCUCAAGAGCAGCGCCCUUCGGUAUUCCAUGCACCGUUGCCGUCCGCCGCUGCCACAUUGACCACGGAAAACUUGAUGAGCGCACCGCCGGCAGCGCUCAGACCGCCGCCCUCCACUCUCUCAGAAGAGUUGUCCGACAACACGUUUUCUCUGCCCCCCGCACCGAUAACUGCAGCCGGGAUUCCACCUGAAGUUCUCCAGGAAGCCGUGCGCAUGCAGCUAGCUUCGUGGAAGGAGCAGGCCGAAACGGCCAGGCUGGCAGAUAAAAGCCGCAUUCAGGACCUCGAGUCGCAGCUGGCAGCGCUAGGGACUGCCACCAGUGUUGAUCACGCUUGUAAGGCUGAGCUUUCUGCGGAGGCGGAGGCGCUGCGCGCGGAGGUGGACCGUCUGCAGAAGGCGCUAGAGGCCGGGAAGCGCGAGCGCGAUUUGGUGCAGGAGGCCGACAGGUCGGAGGUGGAGUCUUACCGCGCGGUGUUCAAGAGGCAGAUCACGGAGCUAAACUGCGAAAUCGAUGAGCUGCGCGCCGCCGCCGCUGCGGCCAAGGAGGACCGCGAGGCUACCCUGAGCGCUUGCGCUGCUGAGCAUGCCGCGGAGACGGAGGCGCUGCGCGUGGAGGUGCACCGUCUGCAGAAGACGCUAGAGACCGCGGAGCGCGAGCGCGACGACGCGGCUGUCUCGAUGAAGGCAUUUCGGGCAAAGAUGGAUGAGUGGAAGGCGAAAGUGCGAAAUGUUGUGGAGAAUGGUGAGUUGCAGCGUCGUGCGUUGGAGGCGGAGGUGCAACGCUUGAAGGAGGACCGGGUCGCUGCUGGUGCUGGUGGUGACGCGUCGUGUGGAGAGAAUCAUCACAGGAAAGAUGAUGGCGAGUUAGGGGCGGCUUCCACCUCGGUGGAGCGCAAGGAGGCGUGGCCACAGGCGGAUGUGGUGGGCUAUGCAUCGGAGGACAGUACGGUGAUGUGGCCUGCCGCGGGUGCCCUUCAAGACAUUCCGGUGCAGACUUCUAUCGCUACAGAAGUUGCUCUCCAAGUGGGGACGGACGUGUCUCCGGUGCCGGGCCCUGUGGCGCUGCCCGAGCUGCAUCUGCAGAGCACGCAGGCCCUGUUAAUGGAGUGUGAGCGCGCUGCCGUGGAGAAUAGGCGACUCCAACGCAUCGUCGCGCAGCUGUCCAGAUUUCGAGAGGGGGUAAUGAGGGAGGUUCGUGCGGUUGCUGUGCCUCCCUCUGCACCCGCCUCGUGA